AUGGCCCUUCAGGAUGUGUGUGGUUUUAUGGACUACCUUGAUGACAUCCACCCAUGCCAUCACCUACCAAAUGAGAUGGGAUCUCUUCGCAAGACACCAUCUGAGUUUGAAACAGACAGUCCUUUCCAUUUUCUUUUCCCCCCGCAACAGAACAGCAGAAAACACGGAGCACCAUUUCUUCUCUCUCCGACCUUUUCCUGUCUGUCUCCCCAUCAACGCCCUUUUCAAUUAUCACAUGGCACCACCACUUUAGGCUUUACGUUUCAAGGCGGGGUGAUAGCUGCUGCGGACACACGUGCCAGCUGCAAAGGACUAAUCUGCUGUCCAAUAAGUCAGAAGAUUAUGCCCAUCCAUUCUCACCUGGUGGUCACCACCUCAGGCAGCGGCGCAGACUGCAUGCUGUGGGAGCGAAUCCUCACCCGUGAAAUGAGGCUCUACCAGCUUCGCCACCGGAGGAGAUUAACUGUCAACGGAGCUGCAAAGCUUCUUUCCAUGAUGCUUCAUCCAUUCAAAGGCACUGAGGUGUGCGUGGCAGCUACCCUUUGUGGAUGGGACGGAGAAGAUGCCCAGAUAACCUUUCAGACAGGCAUGAAAAUGGGGGCAAAAGUUGAGAAAACAAUGAAACAGGAUAGCCAUGAUCCCGCUAAGAACAAUGCAUUGUCAUCUCCAAACAGUGAGAUGAUGUCCUCAACAAAUAAGCAGUCUGAUCAAAAUACUCUUUCUGCUAUUGGGGAACAGUGGGGUCCCAGGGUGUGCUAUGUGUGCAGUGAUGGCUUGCAAUUGAGAGGAGAGAUCAUCUCUGUUGGUUCUGGGUCACCCUAUGCAUAUGCUGUGCUUGAUGAUGGUUGGAGAUGGGGAAUGACCGUGGAUGAAGCCAUGGCGCUGGCCCGGGAGGCUGUUUUCAGAGCCACACACUGGGAUGCUUACUCUGGAAAUAAUGUGGAUCUUUUCCACAUCACUGCCCUUGGCCUCAGGCGCAGGGACAGAGAGGAUCUGAAGGAGGAGUAUUAUAGAGAAAAAGAGAGAGCAAAGAAGAUGAUCAAGGAGAGGGAGAAAGAAAGGCAGAAAAAAGAAAAGACUGAGCUGGCAGAAGAGGCAAAGGACAUAAAAUCAGUACAUGGAGAAUAAUAAGAAGAGGCAGA